GUUAACUAAUCACUGCAGCGCCACAGUCACGUGAGCGUUUCCAAUGUCACGUGACCGGAAAAACUGCACAACACAAAUACAGAUGGGAAGAACCGGACAUGGCUGUUCGGACAACAGGUUUGUACGAUUGGAGCACGUCGAAGUGACCGUGGAAGAGGAAACAACCGAACCGAGCUCCCGUUAGAACCCUCUGAAGAUAAAUAAAAUGGCGCCUUCGUGUGCUCCUUUGGUUCUUGUUUUCAUCUCGGCCCUUCUGAGCCUCGGUUCAGGAAGCAGCAGGUGUGUCGACAGGAACUUCGGCCAUGACUCCGUGGUGUGUGAGUGCAACUCUACCUACUGUGACAGCGUCGGGUCGGGCCCCCUGCCCCCGCUGGGUCAGUACUCCACCUACCUGAGCAGCAUGGCGGGCAGCAGGCUGGAGGCCAGCCAGGGUCACAUCCAGGUUCGGAUGAACGGCACCGGAUCAGGCCUCAGGCUGACCAUCGUCCCCUACCAGAAGUAUCAGAGGAUCCGGGGCUUCGGAGGAGCCAUGACGGAUGCAGCAGCCAUCAACAUCCUGUCCCUCUCCGCUGGAGCUCAGGAGCAGCUGCUGCGCCAGUACUUCUCCAGUGAAGGUAUCGGUUACAGCGUGGUGCGCGUGCCCAUGGCGAGCUGCGACUUCUCCACGCGCCUCUACACCUACGCUGACACGACUGGAGACUACAACCUGGACAACUUCACUUUGGCCCCAGAGGACACGAACAUGAAGAUUCCCCUCCUGCAGCGGGCCCAGGCCAUGUCUCCUCACCCCCUCUCCCUGCUGGCCAGCGCCUGGAGCGCCCCUGCCUGGAUGAAAACUAACGGUGCGCUCACAGGAAAGGGCUCUCUGAAGGGUCAGCCGGGGGGCAAGGAGCACAAAGCCUGGGCUCAGUACUACAUCAGGUUUCUGGAGGAAUAUGCCAAAUAUAACUUAACCUUCUGGGCGCUGACGACAGGAAACGAACCCUCUGCUGGACAAAUGACGAACUACAGUUUCCAGGCUCUGGGUUUCACCCCUGAGGAGCAGAGGGACUGGGUGGCUCUGGAUCUGGGUCCAGCGGUGCACUCCUCAUCCUACCCACAAACGCACAUCCUCAUCUUGGAUGACAACCGCCUGCUGCUGCCUCACUGGGCUCAAGUGGUCCUCAGUGAUGUUCAUGCGGCGAGGUACGUUCAUGGUGUGGCGGUCCACUGGUACUUGGACAGUUUUGUCCCUGCGGAGAUGACUCUGGGCACCACCCAUCACCUGUACCCGGAGUAUUACCUGUUCGGCACCGAGGCCUGCGCCGGCUGGAUCCCAGCAGACAGAGGAGUGAAGCUGGGCAGCUGGGAGAGGGCGGAACAGUACGCGCACGAUAUUCUAGAGGACCUGAAUAACUAUGUUGUGGGCUGGACUGACUGGAACCUGGCGUUGGACCGGACCGGUGGACCAAACUGGGUCAAGAACUUUGUGGACAGCCCCAUCAUAGUGGACGCAGAGCGCGACGUCUUUUACAAGCAGCCAACUUUCUACAGCAUGGCCCACUUCAGCAAGUUCCUGUGGGAGGGGUCCCAGAGGGUGGGGGUGUCUGCUAGCGGAGAGACGCCGCUGGAAUUCGCCGCCUUCAUCAGACCGGACGGAUCAGUGGUGCUCGUCAUUCUCAACAGGUCUGGGUCGGUGAUCCAGUUUGACGUCUGGGAUCCAGCUGUGGGUUACAUUCCCAGCGUGGCUCCGGCCCGGUCGCUGCUCACGCUCGCCUGGAACACACACUGACUGGGCUCCAGCACAGAAGCACACACUGAACACUGUGAGCAACAAUAAACAAACACUGGAUGGUCGGCUUUGCCAAAGCUCAUGAUCUAACAAGCACUUUACCGUUUGAAUCAUUUCACUUUGUCUGCUGCACAAUAAUCAUGUUAUUAGCCUCAAUAAACGAAAACCUCAAGAGAUCUUUUUUUUAAUUAAAGCUGAUUAAACUCAA